CAGCCAUUUGCAAGCCAGGGUCUUAUUUUCACGGGAACUCAACUACACUGACACCUGAUCCUGGGCUUCCAGACUCCAGAACUGUGAGAAAAUCAGUAUCUGUUGUUUAGGCCACCCAGUCUGUGAUAUUUUGUUAUAGCAGCCUGAUCUAAGUCAAGGUAAGUACAAAGUAAUUAUCCUUCAACGUGGAAGAGUCACAGAGAUGGCAGGAUGACAAAGAGUUAGGCCCCCAAAGUGUGAGAAAACAGACCUUGUGAUAAAAUGGUUGUCUAAUAAAUGUGGGGCUCCUGGUCCAGAAGAGGGUACGGUGUGGGUUAGAAAGCUCAGCAAAGAGGAACUCCCUGGCCAUGCACCUUGCCUAAAUAAGACGAAAUGGAGACUGUAAGAUGGAGCAAAACUUAUAACUUGCGUAAGCCACUCAAGGUCUGUGUUUCUUUCUGUUUCCCUUUGGGUAUGCCUUGGCAUUUAAUAAAGGCGUGAAUGUCCAGUACUUCCCAGCCGUGCGCUGGACAUAAAGGAAAGACAUUUGCACAGCAGGGAUAGAUAGUUAAAUGGAAACCAGCGCAACUUUACAACCAAAAUAAAAUAUAAUGAGGUCAUUAGUAAUGUGCAGGAAGACCCAAAGGAGAAAGAAGAAUCUCAUACAGGGUCAUAGGGUACAGUCCCAUUACUUCCUCCAUUUGAAGAGUGCUUAGAGUUUCUGGGCUUUAGUAUCACCCAUAAAGAUUGCAUUUGUUUUAAGAAGUUAAAGCCAUAGAUAUGUUCCAUUUAAGUCCCAGCCAUUUGUCCUAUGUCCACAUGUGUGCCCACAAGCCGGGGCCAGAAACAGGCCAGUUAAGGAAGCCUUGAAGACGAGUGUGCCCACCUAUAGCUACUCUCCCACCAAGAAGAGCGUUUGAAAUAUAAGUUACUGGAACUAUGAUAAUUUAUUCAAUACAUCCAUUGUUUAUUUGGUGUUGCAGCCUCCCUGGAAGUGUCAGAGAGCCCCGGGAGUGUCCAGGUGGCCCGGGGUCAGACAGCAGUCCUGCCCUGUACCUUCACUACCAGUGCUGCCCUCCUUAACCUCAAUGUCAUUUGGAUGGUCAUUCCUCUCUCCAACGCUAACCAACCUGAACAGGUCAUUCUGUAUCAGGCUGGACAGAUGUUUGACGGUGCCCCCAGGUUCCAUGGUAGGGUAGGGUUUACAGGCACCAUGCCAGCCACCAAUGUCUCUAUCUUCAUUAAUAACACUCAGCUGUCAGAUACAGGCACCUACCAGUGUUUGGUCAACAACCUUCCAGACAGAGGGGGCAGAAACAUUGGGGUCACCGGCCUCACAGUUUUAGUUCCCCCUUCUGCCCCACACUGCCAAAUCCAAGGAUCCCAGGAUAUCGGCAGCGACGUCGUCCUGCUCUGUAGCUCAGAGGAAGGCAUUCCUCGACCAACUUACCUUUGGGAGAAGUUAGACAGUACCCUCAAACUACCUCCAACAGCCACUCAGGACCAGGUCCAGGGAACAGUCACUAUCCGGAACAUAAGCUCUCUGUCUUCCGGUUUGUACCAGUGCGUCGCCUCUAAUGCCAUUGGAACCAGCACCUGUCUUUUGGAUCUCCAGGUUAUUUCACCCCAGCCCAGGAGCAUUGGACUAAUAGCUGGAGCCAUUGGCACUGGGGCAGUUAUUAUCAUUUUUUGCAUUGCACUAAUUUUAGGGGCAUUCUUUUACUGGAGAAGCAAAAAUGAGGAGGAGGAGGAAGAAGAAAUUCCUAAUGAAAUAAGAGAGGAUGAUCUUCCACCUAAGUGUUCUGCCAAAGCAUUUCACACCGAGAUGUCCUCCUCAGAGAACAACACACUGACCUCUUCCAAUACCUACAAUAGUCGAUACUGGAACAACAACCCCAAAAUUCAUGGGAACACGGAGUCAUUCAGCCAUUUCAGUGACUUGCGCCAGUCGUUCUCCCUCCACUCAGGCAAUGCCACUAUGCCAUCCAUCUAUGCCAAUGGGAACCAUCUGGUCCCAGCCACACAGAAGACUCUGGUAGUGACAGCCAGCAGAGGGUCACCACCACAGGCCAUGCCCAGGAGCAACGGCUCUGUCAGCAGGAAGCCUCGGCCUCAGCCCAUGCACUCCUAUACCGUCAGCCAAGCCACCCUGGAGCGAAUUGGCGCGGUCCCUGUCAUGGUGCCAGCCCAGAGUCGGGCUGGGUCCCUCGUAUAGGAUGUGACUGGAUAGAGCGUUCAGAAAAGAAUCAGCGGAAACCCCAUACGAGGGGUGGAGUGGGGUGGCUGAGUGCUGGGAAAGAAAUGCUUUCUUUACAAGGAUACUAGUAAAAAACACAAAGCAGGCAGUGCUGUUACCUGGCCACUACAAUUUAUGAAAUGAACUGGAAAUGCUCCAUCAUGAAGAUUGGUUUCCCCAGCGCAGAUAUCCCAGGAUUCUAUUCAAAAAGCUGGAUCUCAAAGAUGUGCCAAGCCAAGCAAAAAGAUACAAGAGUAGAAUAGCACUUAAACCCACUGCAGCUCAGAUGGGCUUGUUCUCUAAUUCAUGCCUAACUUAGUAAUUUUUCAAGAGACUAAAGUGCCAGAUGGAGUUUAAAUAAUGAAAUUAUUUCAAAAGAUAGGUGUCUUUAGAUAUAAUAAUGAGCAACCCAGGGAUAUGUUCUGCCUCACCCCAUUCCCACUUUAGGUAGAGAGCUAAUAGCAUAAAUGGUUAAUAUUGGUCCCAAUAGGGCUGGCUCUUGCAGCAUAGAAUCAAAACUUUUUACACAAACAAAAUUCAGUAAGAAA